AUGCAUGAAAGUAUUGGUGGUCCAUUGUUACAACCCACACAGAGUAAUCUUAGCACGGAUAAUAAAAGUGUAGCAGUGGAAAAUAAUAAUAAAUUAAAUGUCCCUCAAACAUAUAGGCACUUUAAAUCUGAAGAAAACUUUAGCUUUGGUAAAAAAGCCAUCGAUGAAAACAAACUGAUAUUUGACUGGGAUGUUACAAACCCAAAAGAAUGGAGCCUGAAAAGAGUAACCACAUGGUUUCGACUAAAUGGUUUUAAUAACACUUGGAUAUUAUUUUUUAAAAGAAAUCAGAUAUUUGGGGAUGAUUUUCUAAAGUUAAUGGCAUAUGAUAAUUUUGUUAAAUAUGAAAAAUAUUUAUCCAUCAAUAAAAAUUCAUGCUACGAACGGUUCCAAUAUUUAUUGAAAAGAACAAUGGAAGACAACGUUAUUUUGCAGCAUUCCCACAAAAAAUCAAAUAGUUCCUCUGAUUCAAGUAGUUGUACCAUUACCAGUGGUAGCAGCGGGAAAAACAACAACAACAAAAUUUCUAAAACACACGUCAGAUCACAUUCGGAAACUACAUUUGUGGAUCCUUUGAACGUUAAAUCCAUUAGUCCUACUAUUUCAAAUCCCAGUACGCCAUUUAGACUAAGCAAAAAUAUGAUUGGCUCGGGCAAAACAACUUCCAACCAUUCGUAUUCACCAUCAUCCGCAACUAGUUCAUCUCUAUCUUCACCAUUAUUUGCUGGUGCAUUCACACAUAAUAAAACCUUAUCUAACGGCAGUGACAAUAGUAACGGCAGUAAUAGCAGCAACGGCAGUAACGGCAGUAACGGAAACAUGAAAAGUAUUAGUGAAGUUGGUAACUCUUUGCUUUGCACUAAUGGAGAACAGCAAGAACCCCAAUUGCAUGUACAUCAACUACAACCAACACAGCAAACAAAACUUCAAAGCUUUGGUUACUCUCUACCUUUACCAAAAACGCAUCAAAAGGCCAAAAGUGCAUCUUCUCUAUAUAGAAGAAGUUUGAUUUCCUUAAGAGGAAUCAGUACAAAUUCAAAUAGUACUACAACAAUAACAAAUAAUAAUAAAAGCAAAAAAAAUAUGAGCGUGGGCAAUACUCCGAUAUUAAAUUUGAAAAAUAAAGGUAGCAUACCAAAUAUCAAAGUUUCCACCAAUGCUGAUGACAUAUAUGCAAACAUCCAAAGUUCUAACAAAGACUCCAUUAAUACUAAUUCAUUGGUAUCUAGUAAUUCUAGUUCGGUAUCAAAGGGUAGUAAAAUAAUACCGAACAUCAAGAAUAAUAAUAAUAAUAAUAAUAACGCAACAUGCAACAAAUCAGAUACAAAAAUAUCUCCAUUAUCUCCUAGUCAUAAUACCUUUUUUAAAAAGCACCAAAAAACCAGCUCUAAUGAAUCAUCCCUCUUCAAUUCAUUAUUCUGGAGUAAUAGUGGCAAUGAUAGUAAUGCCAAUAACACCAACUUGGAAUCUGAUGCCAAUAUUGAUUCGUACACUUUAUCUUCUCAACGUUCCCCAUUGUCCACCCAUUCUGUAUCCAGACAAUCAUCUAAUGUUACUGUACUUGGUGAAAAUCCAAUAUCGCCUGAUAUUGUUACAAAAUCUAAAGUUACUCCAGUAACUUCGAAUAUUGACCAUGAAGAAAGUACUAAAAUUACAUCGAAACAAAUAAAUUUGGAGUUGGAUAGUGAUUUUUUACCGAAUGGUCAUAACGAUCCUAAUUUAAAUGCUAAAAAGUAUAUUCUAUUAACCAAAGACAAAAUGGCAUAUUUUCCAUUAGAUAUUAGCGGCGUGGAGUUGGUAGAAGACUUUGAAGAAAAGAUAUUAAACGAACUAUCCAUUAGACAUAAAAAUUAUAAUAUUCAUUUAAUUAAUUUUGACUCCAAAAUAGGCACAAAGCCUUUAAAUUGCGAGGCUUUAAAAUAUAUUAUAGAAAAUAAAUUUCCUGAUGAUUUGUCUAAAUUUUAUGUUAAAGAUUUGUUGAAAAUACAACUUAAUCCAAAGAAGAGCAAUUCCUCUGUAAUAUUAAAAAGUAAAAAGGGGCCAAUUAUAUCAGCAACUAGUAGUAUUAAAACUUUUACCAAUGCUGAUUCUACAAAUAAUGGUACUGCUACGGACUCGAGUGAAUUGGCUGCUGGAGCAAAAAGGGUAACCGCCAAAGUCUCUCCAGGAGCACCUCAGCAGUCUUAUGACAAACAUAUACCUAACAACCUAUCAGAUAGGGCAGAUACACCUACCACAUCCCGCAAAAUUGAUUAUAUGAAUUCCAAAGAUUAUUUAACUUAUUCUUCCAAUAAUUCCUCUUUUAAAGUUAUUAUACCUGAUAACAGCCAUAAAAUAGAUUUUAAUGAAAAGAGAGAUUCGCCAUAUUCUAUAUUAGAGCCAAAACGGGAGGCACCAAAACCACCAACAACUAUCACUACCGACAAUAACAUUAAGGAUCAUAAAAAUUUUAAAGCAACUACAGUAAAUAGGAGAGAUAGUUUGAAAUCCAUCAGAAGAAACACAAGACCUCCAUUAAAGAGACCACCGCCACCUGUUAACAUCGAUGCUAGCGUAUCUUUAAAUGCUGCAAUAAACAAUACCACUCAAUCUAGAAGAGUUAUUUCUAAUCAAGAUACCAACGUUUCUGCAUACACACCAGCAACAUCGCAAGUAUUAGUUCCGCAGCCAUAUAAGGGGUUGAAUCCUGUUACUAUCUCGCAAACAUCUACCACCAGUAACACUAAUAGUCUUACCAGAAGUUUGUCCAAGAAACAAAGUGCUACUUCUUUGGUUAGUAGCAGUUCGUAUGAUUCUUCGUCACCAUCCAAUAAUAUCAUGAAUAGGUCUAACUCGUCUGUUCAAUCUUCAAUGGUGUUUCAAUCUCCUCCAAGGCUACUUGAAAGAACUAGUUCCAGGCGUGUUAUUUCCUCUGCCUCAGCAGCAGACAUUUUUGAUGAAAAUGACAUUUCUUUUGCUGAUGCUCCACAAUUAAGCGAAGAUGAUUGUGGCGAACGUAUUAGCAGAGGGGAUACCAAGGUUUUCGAUGAAAAUGGUAAAAAUAGUGCUGUGAAUAGUGAACUUGAUGAAUCUAUUUACGAAUCUGCUUCAGAAAAACAAGUGACCUCACAAGACGAGGACUGUGGUGACGAUAGAUGCAGUGAUUCUUCUACUGGUAUAGUAUGGGCAAAUAAUGAUGCCAGACUUAAGAAUAAUAAAAAUACUAAGCCACCAGUAUCUAUUUUCUCCUGCUCAUCCUCUUCCUUUUCCUCCACCUCUUCUUCUUCUUCUUCCUCUUCUUCUUCUUCUUCUGUUGGUAUUAAUUGGAAGAAAGGAGUUAAUCAUACUGCACAAGGUUCAAAGCUUAAUACCGAUGUUGCUGUGAAUGACGCUGAGGUUAAUACAAGUGAUGACGAUGAAAAUGUUGGUAUAUUCUGGAAAAGCGACAAUGCAAAAAAUAAGAAAGACACAUCAAAAACAUUUAUCAGUAAAGAUGACGAGACCAAUGUAACUUCUCUUGAAGAUGAGGAUUCGACGCUAUCGCUUUCAAAAGCAAGCGAAAAUGGCUCUGAACCCAAGACUUUAAACGAUAUAUCCAGAAAAAUGACCAUUAGACCUACGCCAGAGGUUGUUUAUCAAAAUUUGGAAAUGUUUUUCCCCUCUGCAGAUUUAGAUAAACCAAUAUUAGAAGGUGCCACUCCACCGACUUCACCUAAGACACUGGAUCCAAAAAAUAGCAACAAAAAUAUGAGUAUUUUGCCCGCGCUGCAAGAUAUGUAUAAAUCAUAUACCCAAUGUUCCACAAAGAAGCCAUCUAUAGAGCAAGGGUUGUGUUCACCAAAUAGAUCAUUGAACACUACGUCUAAUUCAGCGAAGAAAUCUCCCGGUAAUAAUACAUUAGGUGUUCCUAAAAGGAAAAAAACAAUUAGAAUGGUAGCGCAUGAAGCACGCGAAGCCAGAAAGAAAACCAGUAAGAAAUUGAAAAGACAUAAUACUACUAAAUUGUGGGGCACAAAGGUAAUUGAAAUAACUGAUAAGCAAAAUUUUGUUUCUAUUAACAAAAAAAAGAAUUCAGAUGGCCAAUAUAAAGAAUUUGCCUGGAUUAAGGGGGAGAUGAUUGGUAAGGGGUCAUUUGGUGCUGUAUUUAUUGGGUUGAAUGUUACCACUGGAGAAAUGAUAGCUGUUAAACAGGUUGAAGUACCCAAAAGCAGGUCAACUAACGAAAAUACCAAGAAUCUUGUUGAAGCUCUAAAAAAAGAAGUGGAAACUUUAAAGGAUUUGGACCAUCUCAAUAUUGUUCAAUAUUUGGGCUUUGAAGUGAAAAAUAAUGUUUAUAGUUUGUUUUUAGAAUAUGUGGCUGGUGGAUCUGUUGGCUCUUUAAUUAGAAUGUAUGGCAGAUUUGAUGACCAACUUAUCAGAUUUUUAACAGAGCAAGUGUUACAAGGUUUAUAUUAUUUACAUUCAAGGGGGAUUUUGCAUAGGGAUAUGAAGGCAGACAAUUUACUAUUAGAUGUUGAUGGUGUUUGUAAAAUCAGUGAUUUUGGUAUUUCGAAAAAGAUCAAUAAUGUUUAUAGUAAUGCUGACAUGACCAUGAGGGGCACUGUGUUUUGGAUGGCACCUGAAAUGGUUGAUACAAAGCAAGGCUACAGUGCUAAAGUUGAUAUAUGGUCUUUGGGUUGUGUUGUUUUGGAAAUGUUUGCUGGGAAAAGACCUUGGUCUAAUUUGGAAGUUGUUGCAGUAAUGUUUAAGAUUGGCAAAUAUAAAGUGGCACCACCUAUCCCUGAAGAUACAUUGCCUUUGAUCUCAAAAGAAGGUAGGUUUUUCUUGGAUUCCUGUUUUGAAAUUGAUCCAGAAAAAAGACCGACUGCAGAUAUGUUGUUAAAAAAUGAUUUUUGCGUUGUCGACACGAAUUUUAAAUUUGGCGACACAGGAUUAUCCAAGUUUAUUAGGGAGAAUGAUGAAAUAUUAACAAACCAGUUUAAACAAGAUUUUAAUAGAUGA